GGUAAACUACAUUACCCAGGAGUCGAUGCGCUGGUCUGGGACGCACAUGCGCACUACGUUCUACCCUAGACAGCUGUAGGAGAAAAUGGCAGCACUCAUGCUAGGACAGCAGGCCCGCCAGUUCAGCACGUCUGUGAUCAGACCUGUAGCCAAACUGGUAAAACCUCCCAUCCAGGUGUAUGGAGUGGAGGGCCGCUAUGCCACCGCUCUGUUCUCAGCAGCCAGCAAGCAGAACAAGCUGGACCAGGUGGAGCAGGAGCUGGGCAAAGUGGCUGGCCUGAUCAAAGACCCCAAACUGUCCAGCAUUGUAAUGAACCCCCAUGUGAAGCGCAGCCUCAAACAGAAGACGUUCACCGAUGCUCUGACGAAGGCUAAGGUCUCCCCCAUCACCAUCAACCUCAUCAAUGUUUUGGCUGACAAUGGCCGUCUGACUCUAACUGGUGACGUCAUCUCUGCCUUUGGCAAGAUGAUGAGCGCCCACCGUGGAGAGGUCAUCUGCUCCGUCACUACUGCCCAGCCUUUGGAUGAAGCUAAUCUUGCUGACCUGAAAGUUGCCCUCAAGGGUUUCCUUCAGAAGGGAGAAACUAUCAAGCUGGAAACUAAGUCUGAUCCUUCCAUCCUGGGCGGCAUGAUUGUCAGCAUUGGGGACAAGUACGUGGACAUGUCCACAAAAACCAAGAUUCAGAAGCUGACCAAGCUGAUCAGGGAAACCUAAGUCCUGUGGACUUGAGCCUGGAGCGGAUGGGAUUGGACCAUGGAGGAAAAGCAGAAAAAAUGUACAUUGCUAACUGUUCUAGCACUGCAGUUGCUGUAAAGCCAGUGUCUAUUGUCAAGUUCAUAUUAAUGUAAUAAAAACUCACAAAAAUGGA